GUCAGACAGGUCACACUGAAGUGGUGAGGGUCGUCUUCCAUCCAGAGAAGAUCAGCUUUGCCAACCUGCUCAAAGUUUUCUGGGAAAGUCACAACCCGACUCAAGGGAUGCGACAGGGGAACGAUGUUGGGACGACGUACCGUUCUGCCAUCUACACCGACACGAAGCCGCAUUUUGAGGAAGCGUUAGCGUCCAAAGAGCAAUACCAGAAGGGACUCACAGAGGAAGGUUACGGCCCGAUUACAACAGAAAUAGCCGAGGACCAGAAGUUCUACUACGCUGAGGAUUACCACCAACAGUACCUGAAUAAAAACCCUGAUGGAUACUGCGGCCUGGCCGGGACCGGUGUCUCCUGUCCAAUCGGAAUCAAAUCCAAGGCCUAGAUAACCAACGAUGAGCCGAGAGUCCUCUUCUCUCAGUUUAGCGAGGGUUUCAAUGAUGGGGCUGUUUUAUGAUUUAAACUGGGUUACAGAUGCAAGCUGGGUUUUAAUUAUAUACACAUACUUUCAGAUAUUUUAUUUAUAAUUCUUUAAUGUUCAUCUCUCAAUCAAAAUAAAGUUGGUAAUGGCUGUCAAUCUCCUCAAGUCUUUGCAGUAAACAGGAAACUUGCCCCGGUCGUAGAACUUGUGAUUAUUUGGGGUAUGAUAAAGAAGUUUUUUUUGUUUUUAUAUACAAUGCUACGCUCCUCUAAACAUACAUUACUAGGCAUGAAAUUGCCUACUAUUACAGAAACAUGCUGAACUGUAUUGUCUUCAGACUACAUUGAUUCAGAGAGGUAUUCAAUCAGGUGAGUGGAGUCCAUAUUUCACUGAAUUUUAAAUCUGAUUGUUGUUGGAAUGAUCUUACUGAGAGUUGUGCAUUUUAACUUCAGAUGUAAAUCAGGUUUUCGUUGCUCAGGUAGCUUAAAUAAUUACUAUUUCAUUAAAGUUUGCUUUGAAACCGA